ACUAAGCUUAAGGUUGUCUAAUCAAUGUAAAUUUGUUUCGCUCUGCCUUAACAGAACGAAAACCAAGAGGGGGGUUCCCAUCCACCACCCCCGCCCCCCUUGUACCAUAGUGGGGUUAUGAGUGAGCUUGUACGUCCGAGGGUUAGUCAUCGUUGUCAUCUUUUACUAUUCCAUCCUCAGUUAAAUCAAAACGUCUUAAACGAAGCGGCUCUUCUUCAACCGUACCUUUAUUGCCUAUGUCAGAGCCGCCCUUUCCGAAAGAAGAAAUCGUAGAGAGCGACAGUCAUGCCAAUUUUUAAUUUCGGGGAGUGCUUUAACACAAGCUUACUUUAACCGUUUAUAACUUUUUUCAUAUCAUAUAUGUCAUAUCAUUGGAACUUGAUGUUUUAUGAGAAAAAUAUCAAACAAAACACGGUCUAAAUAGAGUUAAAGGCCGUUUAAAAAUUAAUCCCUGUUUUGUUACCUAGGCAAUCAAUCGCCCUUUAAAGUAAUUCUGUUAAGAUAUCGGGAACUACAAUGGUUGUCAAUAGGUGCCGAUACAACAGAACAUAGGUUUGGUAUCUCUAUCGACCAUCUUACUAUUAUAAUUUUGUAAAGAUACAUUGCUGGAAAUUAUUGAAGUACGUAACACCAGAUGUAGCGAAUGGCGUUAGUGAAGCUGAAUGACUUCAGAGAGCGCUCGCCUAUUCUCUAGUUUAGUUGCAUAGACUAUCCAUUAAAGAUUUCAUUAUCCAUUUUUAAUUGGAAGUAAGAGCUCAUGUAGAAUAUUCGCAAAAUGAUAAUUAAGGUCUGGUACAAACAGCCUCGUUCUCCGUACGGUUUGACACACCGUUAAAUCUGGUUUUGGUCAGAAUACGGGCCGAAAACUUUCUUACAUGUGUGACAGUGUGAAACGGUUUGCUGAUCCGUUUUGGACCGUUGAAAUAACUAUCUUGUUUACAGUCUGUCAGACCACAUAGAUUUUUCUUUUUCUUUUUUUCUUUUUCUUUUCCAGCGUAGUAUAUUUUUGCCUCUAUGGGAAACGAAUGUUUAUCGAUCCUUUCGAAAAAUAAUUCACUUGGGAAGACUUGAAAAGCAGCUGAUUGCACUCGUCCAAUGGUUCGCUUGCAGAGGUUGCGUGACUCUUUCUUUCAAGUUCCCGCUCGCGUGACGUUUAUUUUUCCCGAUUGCGGCUCAGGUAUUUCGGUCAGCAGUACAAUUAGAGAUGGCGGCAGUUAGCGGAAGCCCACCAGGAUAUCAAGAACUUUUUACAAACAUAUCUUUCAAGUUUAACCCAACAGAAUCAGAAGAUGUUGUGCAAUCACUGAAAAGGAAUUAUGGAGGCAAAUUUAAUUCGCUCGAUAAUCAAGACUUGUUGUCAAGUUUGCAACUUUUAUCGAAGCAUGGAUUUCUGUCUGACAACAAACUCACCCUGAUCGAAGAGUAUGUAGCGCCGAAAUCGAAACAGAAAGAACAGAUCAAGCAAAUGAUCAAAAGCUUUAAGGACUCUCUGGAGGAACACGUUGAUCCAGAGAAGGAAUUGCCAGGGCGACAAAAGGAGCUUGGGGAAAUUACGAAAAAACUCGAAACUACAGAACGGUCGCUGGUUGUGAACUUGUUUGGAUCGGCUGGAGUGGGAAAGACAACACUAGCAAAGAGAGUUUGUUCUAAAUGGCAAGGAAAGAACUUUGUUUUUGAUCUAAGAGAGGCUAAAGAUAUGAGGGCGAUUUAUCUGAACUUGUUGAGUUCCCUUGGACUUACUGUUGCAAUGGGCUACGUUGACCUGAAUUCUGUUGUUACAGUAAUUAACGAGAAGAUUCAAGUGUUAAAUCAGCCAAUUCUCUUCUUACUCGAUAAUGUUGAUCAGUUUACUGCUGGACAAGGGAAGGAAGGCAAGAACUUGAAAAGAGCUUUUUUGCAAUUUUUAGGACGUCUUUCAGGAUUUGACGGGAAAGAGAAAGAAACAUCGUUAAAAGUGCUCCUGACAUCCAGGAAUCCAUUGGAAGAUGCCAAGAGCGUGGACAAUUUUGAGGUGAAGUCCCUUGAAAGUUCCUCUUCAGAGGAAAUCCUGGUUUCCAAAGGAAUGGUUAAUGUAAACACCCAACAGAUGGAUGAGCUAAUUGGCAUCUCCGAUGGAAAACCACUUCUUUUGAAAGGCUUAGCUGCCAUUUUGCGACAAGAACGAAAAUCUCCGGACGAUCUUAUUGCUAAAGUUCGGGAAUCAAAAGUGGAAGAAGACGCUAAAGAAAAGCCAUUUAAUUUUGAAGAAGAAGGACUUGAUGAGGUCCAGUUCUCAACAAUAAGAGAAAUGUUCAAUUCACUUCCCACUGAUAGCUUAAAAGUGUCUGCUGUAUCAAUUUCAUUGUUCUGUGGCCCUUUCUCUGUUUCCACAGCUGCUGAGAUCCUCGGCAUCAGCCCAGAAAAUCAGGCAGAGGCUCUAGCUCGGCUGGAGGGGCUGGUAACUAGUUCAAUCAUUUCUGUGGUUAAUGAAGAAGCCAAGGAGAGAUUGUAUGACAUUCACCCACUUUUAAGAAAAUAUGCAGACAGUAUCAAGGAUGAUGAAAAAUUCCGCAUGGCUUACUUGGAAGCUAAGGGACGUUUCCAUCAGUACUUUAUGGCAAAGAUGGAAAAGAUUGCAAAACUGAUAGACCCUGAGUAUGUUAGAGCAUUCCAAUGGUUUGAGAGUGACAGAGCAAACUAUGAGUUUACUCUUGAGAUCUCUUUGCAGCCAGAAUAUUUCAGUGUUCCCGGAGAGUUUCGUGAGAAUGCCUUGAUUGCAUCUCUUUUCAAUGUUAUGUUGACUGAAGACAAACAGAUCAAGCUGUUUCAUUCCUGGGCCGAGGUGUGUGAAGAUGAUGGACGGUCAGAUUCUCUAUUCCGGGCGCAGUUGAAAUGCUGGGAAGCUCGGCAAGUUUUAGAUCAUGAUGGAACUGAGAAAGCAUUUGAAGUGUUGAAGGAAGCGUCCUGUUCGUUAGAGAAAGUUCAAGACAAAUCAAGUGAAUCUUACCGACUCAGUAAGGGACUUCACUUGUAUUCUGAGGGGGAGAUCUACUGGAAGAAGGGAGACUGCAGGAAAGCACUAGAAAGCUUGGAGUUAUCGUUACAAUUUAGAGAAGAACUCCUUAAAGGUCAUCCUGAUCUUGCAAGGUGUUACAAUGCUAUUGGAAACUGCCAUUCCCACCUCCAGAAUUCGGAGGCAGCACUUGAGUUCUACAAAAUAGCAUACAACAUGCAAGAGGAAAUUGCCGGUUCAGAGUAUCAUAUUGACAUGCCAAUGUACAAGAAUCAAAUCGGCACAGCAUAUGAGGGUCAGGGAGACUAUGAGAAGGCAGCGGAGUGUUACAGAGAUGCCCUGAAUCUUUUGGAAAAGCUCAAAGUUUCAGGGUUUAGCGAUGAAGCACACUUCUGUAGAAACCUUGCCAAUGCUCUUAUGUUUCAGGGGAAGUAUCGAGAAGCAAGUGAACAUGCAGACAGAGCUUACAACAUAAGGGUGCAGCUUCUCGGAAACCACCCAGAUACUGUGCGUAGCAUUUUCCAGCGAGCACUGCUUCAGGCCUACUUAAAAGAAUUCGAGAAAGCCUUAGAUCUGUUCUUUGAAGCAUGGGAAAUGGAGAAAUUGCUCGUUGCGGGAAACCAUAGUCCUGUGUGGAGAAAGAUUGUUCAAACAGAAGGUGAUGGAAUCGCCUGA